UUGGUUGGCGAAUUGGAUUGUGUUCGAUUGAGACGAAGAACUUGAGGCAACUUGACCCCAUUUCCUAGGAGGAGAAGAGCACUCGUCUAAAGUAGAACCGACGGCAGUUGUUGCCAUUGAUCGAGAGACACUUAAUUAUGCCAAAAGAUGUCGAGAAGAAAGUCUUCGUGGUGAACAGAUGCCGAUGUUGAUGAACAGUUGAGCUUGGACAGGCGUUUGGAACGGGUGAAAAACACACACAUCGAAAUGGCAAAACUACGCAGUGUCCUGCUGCUGCUCUUGGUAGCAUUUCUAGCACUUGCUUUCAUUAGCAGUGCAUCUGCCCAGAACAACAAUAACAACAAGAAUAAGAACAAUAAACCACAGAGGCCUAAGCCGGGUUUCAAUCCCAACAGACGUCCCAUUCAACAACAGGGAAAUCGACCACAGAAGCAGCAGAGACCCAAACCACAGACGCAGCAGAAUAAACCCAAUUUAAAUGCUAAUGCCAACAGCAAGGUGUUCACAACUACGUUGCCAACUUUGGGCAAGAUUCGAGGACGCACUGCGUUAACAGACUGGACUGGCAAAAGCAUCAUGCAGUUCUUCGAUAUUCCCUACGGCAAAGCCGAACGCUUCAAGGCAGCUGAGGCUAUUGCUCCUUGGAAGGGCAUUCUGCAGGCGCACAAACAUCACAUUGGCUGCCCCUCGAUUCAGAACCUGGUGAAGUUCGCCAGCCUCGAGGAGAAUGGUGUCGAUAUCGAGGAUUGUCUGCGACUCACAGUCAACACCAAGUCGCUGGAGGGCAAUGCUCCUGUGAUGGUCUAUGUGCACGGUGACUUCUUCUAUGAUGGCGACAGCGUGGAGGCCGCUCCUGGCUAUCUGCUGGAGCACGAUGUGGUUCUCGUUUCGGUUCGUUAUCGUCUGGGUCCCUUUGGGUUCCUCUCCACGCUCAGCGAGGAAAUGCCCGGAAAUGCCGCAGUUACUGAUCUGAUACUCGCCCUCAAAUGGAUUCAGGAGCACAUUGCUGCCUUUGGCGGUGAUCCGGAGCGUGUGACACUCUUUGGCCAAGUGGGCGGUGCUGCUCUCAUUAAUGUGCUCACCUUGAGUCCGGCUGUGCCCAAGGAUCUCUUCCAUCGCGUCAUCUAUCAGUCGGGCACAGCGCUGUCGCCCGCUUUUAUUACGGACUCUCCUUUGGCAUCCACCAAGGAAAUUGCUCGCAUAGCUGGUUGCAAGAGUCUGACCAAAACAGAUUCUCUGCACAGAUGCUUCAAUCGCAUGAACGCCACCAUGUUGCUGGCUGCCUUUAGUGUACAUGGCGAGAAUAAGCCAUCGAUCAGUGCUGGCGCCUACGGUGGCAUUCAAUUGGUCAUUGGCGGACCCUCAGGAAUUCUCCCCGAGCAUCCGGGACGUUUGCUUGCUGCGGAGAACUUCAAGGCGUAUCCCACAUUGGGCGGCAGCGUCAAGCACGGCGGCACCUUCAUGAUGAGAGACAUAUUUGUGGAAAACUUGAACGAGAGCACCUCGAAUGCCAAAAUGACGGGAGCCAAAUACAUUGAUACAAUCAUCGAGCAGAUCAACGGAGACGAUCCCACCGGCUCUUGGCGGGAGUUUGCCGAGGAAUACAUCUUCAGCGAGGCGGACAUCAAGAACGGCAGCUUCAAGCGCCUGACACCUGGACUGAUCGAUCUCUGUAGCACGAUUGCUCUAAAGAAUCCCGUGUUGCUUGUGCUGCAAGCGAAUGCCAAGAAGCUGCCGAACAACACCUUCCUCUACACUUUCGACUACGAAGGAGAGUUGAAUCGGUAUGCCACCAGCGAUGAUGAGGCUGUCGAUGUGCCCUUCGACAUGGGCGUCAGUCUCACCGAUGAGAAUCUCUAUCUCUUCCCCUGGCCACGCGUUCACAUGAUCAAUGCCAAUCGCGAUGUGAAGAUUGCCAAGCGAUUGGUCGCCCUCUGGACCUCCUUUGCAGCCGAUGGCAUCCCUAGGGCCGAGGGAGUGCCCGCUUGGCCAUCGUUGAGUGACGAGACUGGUCCCUACAUGCACAUCGGACGCACUGUCACCUUCGGGGAGAACUAUCUUGAUGAGUACAGCAUUGCUGUGCAGGAGGUGAAGCAGGGUUACAGCCUCAUCAAUGAUGAUUACUACGAACUAGAGGCUGUGCUGCGCGAUGCUUUCGAUAGGCGAGAGAAGAAUCCCUCUAAACUGAACGUAGAGGAGGAAGAGGAGGAUGACGAGCAAGAAGAUGAGGAGGAGGAGGCAGCUGAUAACGAGGCGCGUGGUCAGAAUUUGGUAUUCAUUGCCAAACGACGCAACUACAAACCUGCCAAGGUAUUAAGUGUCCAACAGUGAAGUGAGAAAUGAAAAUAUGGAGAGCGCUUUUUGUGGAUUCCCAAUUCCCAAUUAAAAUCUGGACUGUUCGCCCAGCCACAUCACUCGUAA